AGCUGCGUUUUGUCACAUUGCGUGCAGGUCGUAUAGAUUAACGGUGAAUUCGUGGGAACUCAGCACGUGAUGAAGGCCUUCAAGCCGUAUUCAUCACCGGACCCUGACUCCACGCGCCCAACAAUGAGUCAGCGGGUACCUAAAUGCCAGAUCCCACUGCAGCCUCAUUCACGCAAAUUAACAAUUACACUUCGUUUAAGCAAACAAAGUCCACAGUAUGCUACAGAGUGGUAAAAUAUCUAAAUUAAUUUAAACACCCCAGCUCAUAAUAUGUUUUGAAUGUUUACUUUUAUAGACACCUCAUCUAUACAAACCUUGAGGCUGUCAGAGUACCACACUCACCUCCGACCAUUAAUUGCUUAUGAAUCCAUACUUAAAGCGGACUACCUGUGUCAACGAGGCCAGCAUGAAACGUGGGAGUGCCUUGUUUUGCCGUCACUUGAUUGCUGUCGUUGUCGUAGAGGGGGCUGUACUACAGUCAGGCUGCCAUGUGGACACCGCUGCUGGUGGUGGCGUAACACAAACUAUCCGCGCACGAAGAGCGUGCAGCAGAAAGACAGGAGGACAGUGAGCAGGAGGGAGGCGGUGCUGCACGGGCAACUGCGUCCCACACCUAAAGCAAGCAUCUUUACAUCCUCCUGCAAAGACGUCUUAUCGCUCCGGCAUCCACUCCAUCACAUUCACUCGCGUUGACACUGUCAACAGGAGGGGAGCUGCGCAAACAUUAAAGGUGGUUCCACUUUUGACAUAUGUCUUCCAGACCUCCGAGGAUGGACUCCAUACCCGCGGGACGAGACUCCAGUUCUUCGCCAAACUCCAAACAAGAACUUUCUUACACAAGCAACUUGAAACCCAACCAGGUCGGAGAGACGGUUCUGUACGGAAUACCCAUCGUGUCUUUGGUGAUAGAUGGCCAGGAGAGACUUUGCCUUGCACAAAUAUCAAACACCUUGUUGAAGAAUUACAGCUAUAACGAGAUACAUAACCGGCGCGUGGCGCUGGGGAUCACCUGUGUCCAGUGCACCCCUGUCCAGCUGGAGAUACUGCGGAGGGCUGGAGCAAUGCCCAUCUCCUCCAGGCGCUGCGGAAUGAUCACCAAACGUGAGGCUGAGAGACUUUGUAAGUCAUUUCUAGGAGCUCACUCGCCUCCCAAACUUCCAGAAAAUUUUGCCUUUGAUGUGUCCCACGAGUGCGCCUGGGGGAGCAGAGGCAACUUCAUCCCAGCCAGAUACAACAGCUCCAGGGCCAAGUGUAUCAAGUGCUCCUACUGCAACAUGUACUUUUCCCCAAAUAAAUUCAUUUUUCAUUCACACCGCAUGCCGGAGUCCAAGUACACGCAGCCAGACGCAGCUAAUUUUAAUUCUUGGAGACGGCAUCUCAAAUUAUCUGACAAAACAUCUCCCACUGACGUAUUACACGCGUGGGAAGAUGUGAAGGCCAUGUUUAAUGGGGGCAGUCGUAAGAGAACGCUACCAGGAGCUGCCUCAGAGUCCAGCUCUGCUAUAAAAUCACAAGGGCCAAACCGUCCACGAGACUCACCCGAGAUACCUGCAAAAAUCCUCAGCUGCGAGGACACGCGUGGUGCCAUGACAAGCACGCGCAGCUACCCGGUCAUUCCAGUGCCCAGUAAAGGCUUCGGAAUGCUGCAAAAGAUCCCUCCGCCGCUCUUCCCUCAUCCAUACGGCUUCCCAGCUUUCGGCCUUUGCCAGAAGAAGGAAGACGGUAUGAUAGGCGAGCAAAGCAAGACCGGCCUGCCGGGUGUUCUGUGGCCUGGUACCAAGGACAGCGCCUAUCACUCCUUCCCCAUGUUCUGGCCCGCGGCGGGCCCUCUGCCCAUGCCUCCAUACCCCCAGACUCAACAUAAACCCCCACCAGAGCUACUGUGUCCUCCCAGACAGGUUGAUAUGGACAUUUCUGAAAGCAGCGACCGGAGCACCAACACGUCAAAAGACAGCGUGAUCGACAACGACCGUUGCUCCAGCACUCAGUCUAUGCGUAAUGAAGACGACAAGUCAGGGGACGAGGGGAGGCCGAUGGAAGGGUUGACCCUCGCGCCCAGGAAAAUCACCUACGUCUCCGCGUUCAGACCCGUUAUUAAAGACGUUGACUGCAUCGCCAAGUUGUACGGGAACAGGGGCGCUUACAAUGGCUGUCGCACAGGUUAUUUAUCACCAGAUUUUUUAAGUGAGAGUUCAAGCUACCGGUCUAUGUCCCCAUGCGUGGACAGCGAGGGCGAUCCGGACGUGGAUGUGGAGACCAACAAAACAGCAGAAGAGGAAGAGGAAGACUCCCGGCCUCUGUCUUCUGUGUGUCCUCGGACUCCCUCCCGUUUGGCGCACAGCGUCUCACCAAAGGACUCGGACUCUAAAGGCAUGCACGAGGGCAAUCAGAUUGAGUCCCAAAAAAUGAGCCUACACUUGGCCCAGUCCAGUGAAAGAGAACUGCAGAGCAAGCAGUUAUCAGAGCCCCACACAGCUGCGCCGUUUACAGCAGUUUACACACCAGAGAGGGGUGAGCUGCAACAAAGGAGCAGUCCGUAUCAGUUCAGACCCACGAAUUACUUGACGGCAGCACUGACAACAAAUGAUGAGAGUGUAAGCAAAGAAGAGCCGUCUUCCACAGUGGAGGAGAUCGAAACUAAGAUUAACGGACAAAGCAGCGAGGAGAACCAAGGAGAGCAGAAUGAGGGUGAGGAGUCUGUAGCCCGAGCUCUGCCAACACAACGAGACAUCCAAAGUCUGGCAAAAGAGGAACUACAGAAGCAGCUGUUGGAGCAGGUUGAGCUGAGGAAAAAGCUGGAAAGGGAAUUUCAAAAUCUGAAAGAUAAUUUUCAGGAUCAAAUGAAAAGGGAACUUUCUUAUAGAGAGGAGAUGGUUCAGCAGCUUCACAUCGUCAGAGAAGCUCACGACGCGUUACAUCAUUUCUCCUGUAAGAUGCUAACUCCUCGUCACUGCACAGGAACCUGCUCCCUCAAGUCUCCUCUGCUACCACCAUGAGUCAAGCAAAUUUAUAAGACGGAGGAUGAGUUAGGAAGGACACAUCUGCAGCUCCUGUCGAACAGACAUUAGAAAUGAUAAACCUCCGCGGACUGUCAGAGCAAUCGAACUCAAAUAGACUAACCUGUAAUUACUUGUAAUCUUUGAGAAAUGUGUAUUUCCGUCCUCUGUAUUUAUUAAACCAUCUUGCAAACAGUGAAAUUUGUUUUACUGAAAUUACGCCAUUUAUUAUAUUUAUUAUUUGUGGCAAAGUGCAAUGACAAUGUAUGUAUCUUGUAAUGGUGGGUUGUUUUUCUUCCUAUAUUGUCAAUAACAACAGCUUUGCAGUCAGUCCAUUGCUCCUGUUCCUCUCGUUGUUGUAAAUAAGCCUACUGCUGUUUUUGUUGGUUUGUUACAGGCCAGUAGUUGUCAUUGGACGAUAUGCACUUUAAACAAGUGAUGGGAAUUACAAUUAAAAUCCUACACUGAGAUAGGCCUACAGUAUAUUUAUUAUUUUUGUUUAUUUUUGUUCUUGAAGACUGGACAAGCUGCAGAAUUUAGUAGGCUGCAUUAGUGCAUCUCCAAUCUUCUAAGUAGCGACAUAUUCUAUUAAGAGUCUAUUUGUCACUGUAUUUGUUUUCAUCACGAAUUAAUAAAUCAUUUUGCUGA